AUGCCGAUACAGGCUGGUCUGUCCCGUUUUGUGAAACAUUUGACAACUCAAGAGCAAUGGAAAAGAUCAGGAGGAAAGGACCAUUUGAUUUUAGCACACCAUCCCAACAGUAUGUUAGAAGCAAGAAUGAAGUUGUGGCCUGCUACAUUCAUUCUUUCAGACUUUGGGAGAUAUCCUCCAAAAGUAGCCAAUGUUGAAAAGGAUGUGAUAGCACCUUAUAAACAUUUAAUCCCUUCCUAUUUAAAUGACAAGUCCACAUUUGAUAGUCGUUCAACAUUAUUGUACUUCCAAGGAGCAAUAUAUAGAAAAGAUGGAGGUUUAGCACGACAAGAGUUAUUCUAUCUUCUGAAAAAUGAAAAGGAUGUGCAUUUUUCCUUUGGGAGUAUUCAGAAAGAUGGAAUUAAGAAAGCAACAGAAGGGAUGCGUGCUUCCAAGUUCUGCCUUAACAUAGCUGGUGACACCCCUUCAUCAAACCGUUUGUUUGAUGCCAUUGCAAGUCACUGUGUCCCUGUCAUCAUCAGUGAUGCAAUUGAGCUGCCAUAUGAAGAUGUGAUUGACUACUCUGAGUUCUGCAUAUUUGUCCGUACUGUUGAUGCCAUCAAAGAAAAUUUUCUUAUAAACUUCAUCCGGGGUAUUAGCAGAGAAGAGUGGACCCGAAUGUGGAACAUGUUGAAAGAGAUUGAACAUUUCUUUGAAUUUCACUUCCCUUCUAAGGAAAAUGAUGCUGUCCAAAUGAUUUGGCAGGCCGUGGCACGCAAGCUUCCUGCCAUCAGAUUAAAGCUAAAUCGUCGUGGAAGGUUUUCUAGGUCCCCUCCAAGUACAGACAAAGGACUUAGGUCAAUACCAUCACCAAGGAACUUUUGGUGAAGAAAUUAAUAUUGAACAGGAUAUGAAAAAUGUGGUAGUUAUA